AUGGCGGCGCCCCCGGGACGAUUUGGAGACAUUUUUCGCUGUGUUUUUUAUUUAAUUUUGUCGGCACAACUCUUUAUCACUUACGGAGUGAGUUCAGACUUUCCAUGUGCCCAGAACUGUACCUGCAGCGAAGGUUCAGUGGACUGUAGUAAUCUGGAGCUGACAGCUGUGCCGGUGGACCUUCCAGUCCGAACGGUUGCCUUAAAUCUUGGCCACAACAAGCUGAGUGCCAUUGACGUAGAUGUCUUUGUCAAUCUUCCCAAUUUACGAGAGCUGCGCUUGAACUACAAUGAGCUGACCUCCAUACCAGAUUUAGGCCAGGUUACAUCCAAGAUUGUAUCAUUGUACCUAGAUCACAAUAAGAUUCAUAGUAUUGACGGCAGGCGAACCAGAGGAUUGGUUUCUGUGGAAACGCUAGAUCUGAGCAAUAAUGAUAUCACUGAGCUCAGAGGACACCAUUUUCCUGCAGGUCUGCAAAUCAGGGAUCUGUAUCUGAAUAACAACAAAAUUAAUGUGCUCGAGCUUGGUGCUCUCGACCAUUUGGGAUCAACUCUACAGGUCCUGAGACUGAGCCGAAACCGCAUCAGCCAAAUUCCUGUGAGAGCCUUCCAGCUCCCUAGACUCACCCAGCUUGAACUGAACAGGAACCGUAUCCGUCAGGUGGAGGGUCUGACAUUUCGGGGUCUGUCCAGUUUGGAGGUUCUCAAACUGCAAAGGAAUAACAUUAGCAAGCUGACUGAUGGAGCCUUCUGGGACCUCGCUAAAAUGAAAGUUCUUCACCUGGAUUACAACAGCCUCACAGAAGUGAAUAGCGGCUCCCUUUAUGGCCUGACUUCUCUCCAGAAACUUUUUCUCAGUAACAACUCCAUAACCCGUAUCAAUCCUGAUGGAUGGAAGUUCUGCCAGAAACUGAGGGAACUGAAUCUGUCAUACAACAACUUGACUCGUCUGGACGAAGGCAGUCUGGCUGUGCUUGGGGACCUUCACACCCUCCGUCUGGGCCACAACACCAUCAGCCACAUUACUGAGGGAGCAUUCAAGGGCCUCAAAGCAGUAUGCAUCCUGGAGCUGGACCAUAACGACAUCUCUGGCACAAUAGAGGACACCAACGGGGCUUUCUCUGGAUUGGACAGUCUCAGCAAGCUGACUCUGUUUGGAAACAAGAUCAAGUCGGUGGCCAAGAAAGCCUUCUCUGGCCUGGAGACCCUGGAACACCUGAACUUGGGAGAGAAUGCAAUUCGUUCCAUCCAACCUGAUGCCUUCAGCAGGAUGAAGAACCUCAAAACCCUAGUCAUUCAGAGUGACAGUUUCCUGUGUGACUGCCAGCUGCACUGGCUGCCGCAGUGGGUGGUGACACGAGGUUUGCAAAGUGGAGUUAAUGCAACCUGUGCCCACCCAGAGAACCUUAAGGGCACCAGCAUCUUCCAGGCUCCACCCGGGAGCUUUGUUUGUGAUGACUUUCCAAAGCCACAGAUCACAGUGCAGCCAGAAACAAUGGUGACAGUUCUUGGGAAUGAUGUCCGUCUCACAUGUACAGUUGCAAGCAGCAGCUCCUCCCCUAUGACCUUUGCAUGGCGUAAGGACCAGGAACUGCUUCGGGACGCCAAGAUUGAGAACUAUGCUCAUGUGCGUGCCCACCAACAAGGCACCACGACUGAAGCAGUGGGUGGUAUAAUGGAGUACACCACAAUCCUGCACUUGCAGCAUGUCACCUUUGCCCAUGAGGGGCGUUACCAAUGCGUCAUCACCAACCACUUUGGCUCCACCUACUCCAGCAAGGCCCGCCUCAUUGUUAACGUUCUCCCAUCAUUUGUGAAGACUCCCAGGGACAGCACAAUCCGUACCGGACACACGGCAAGGCUAGAGUGUGCUGCUGAGGGCCACCCGACACCGCAGAUUGCCUGGCAGAAGGACGGUGGUACAGAUUUCCCCGCUGCCCGGGAGCGACGGAUGCGCGUUAUGCCAGAUGACGAUGUGUUCUUCAUCAUGGACAUCAAGCCGGAGGACAUGGGUGUAUACAGCUGCACUGCAAAAAACAUGGCGGGAACGGUCUCUGCAAACGCCACCCUCACUGUUCUAGAAACUCCUCACCUCGCUCAGGACCUGGAGGACCGUAGUGUGGCAGCAGGUGACACUGUGGCCCUGCAGUGCAAAGCUCUGGGCAGUCCUCCGCCCCGUAUCACCUGGAUGCAUGACGAUCAACCACUGCGCCCGUCUGACAGACACCAUUUCACCCCAGGGAACCAGCUGCUGGUCAUCAGCUCCGUGUCUCUGGAGGACGCCGGCCGUUACACCUGCCUCAUGUCCAACACCCUUGGCACAGAGCGCGCACAUAGCCAGCUGAUGGUGACUCAGCGCCGAAGCACCUGCACGCCGCUGUCUGGGCCCAGCACGGUCAUGAUAGGAAUCAUCGUCAUCGCUGUGGUGACAAGUAUUGUGGUGACCUCACUGGUUUGGGUGUGCAUCAUCUACCAGACCAGGAGGAAGAGUGAGGAGUGCAGUGUCACCAACACAGAUGAGACUAUCGUUCCUCCAGAUGUGCCCAGCUACCUUUCCUCUCAGGGCACGCUGUCUGAGCGGCAAGACAUGUGCAUCCGAGUGGAGGCCAGCAGUGGGCCGCAGUCCAAUGGGCACAUAGAUGGCACAGGGUUCGAUGGUGCGGUUGUCUGUACAGACUGCAUGGAGAACAGUAACAACUACUCCAAAGAUCCUGACUACAUCACCCACAGCUUUGGACCCGUGGGGGGUACAGAGUACCAGCAGCAUGCUCACGUCCGACUCCACGCUCACUAUCACCCAGAGGAGCAGCAUAAUGCAGGGCCGCACUCGGCCUUGCUUCACAAUGGGACACCCAACGGGAUCCGAAAGGAUGUUCAAAGAGCUACUUUUCUAAAAAACCACAACACAUUACAACAGAGUCAACAUACAGAAGACAGAAAAGGUUCCUCUGUGAACAGAGUGGGACAAAUGUCUCCACCGUCUCAGGACGAGUCCUUCCACAAGCCGGUGAAGCUGUCGCAUGCCGACACGGACUGUGAACCCGAGCUCAGCCAGACUCUACUGUCUAAUGGACACACCCUAAGACCCUCUAAUGACGAGAACACACCCCUUAGGAGAGCCAGUGACUAGUAGGAGCUCCAGCUCCAAAACAAUCCCAACAUUUGGACUUGGAGUAGCUGAGUGGACUUUGCAUUUAUUUGUUUUUUGCACUGGGAAUAAACUGCUACCUCAUAUCGAGGAGAAUGGACCUGAGCGCCCUGAGGUUGGACUGACAGGAGCGAGGGGGUAUCCGGAGUUGAAGGUGGAGCUUGUGUGGGUGGCAUCCCAUCUGAGCGUAUCAGCUGUACAUAGUUAAAACCUUCCUCUGGGAGGUGACCAAUCAGAACUCUAGCUCCAGAUAAUGUGACUUGCUUUUGAAGCGUGUAAAUGUAGGGAAUGUUGUACAGUGCACGUAUGUGCAGGUAGACAAAAAAAAGCUUAUCCCUUUAGACAUUUGACUGUACAUAAGAGUUUUGUUAUAUAUUAUAUAACUUUUACAAAAGAGUAUUUGACUUUAUGUGCAUGACAAAGAAAUGAGUGAUGGUAUUUUUUAUUUUCUUCAAAAACAGCCUUUUUCAGCUUUUACCAAGUUGAGCUGCGGUGCCUUAUUGCAUGAUCAAAGAAGAGUCAAAGCGGCGUAAUAACUUGUGUCAAGAGACUUUUGAGAGACAUAAAGGUACAUGGAAUUGCACUUGUCUUUACCAGCCACGGCCUUACAGAAUCACCUUUCACAUCCACUUACUGCACCGAGGAAGAGCUUUGAUGUUCUUUGGUACGUCACAUAGUUCUAGCUAUUUGAGACAAAUAAAGCACUUUUUAUUUUCUUUAAUCAACCUUUUUAGGACAGACUAUUUUGUAAACAGAUACCUGCUUUUUUUUUGGUUUGUUUUUUCCACCAACGUGUGGACAGAGCUCCCUGAACCAUUAAAGCUCUUCCACUUGUCACUUGUUACUGCAAAGCUGCUCUGAUCUUUUGGGGCAAUGUUCUUCUCUGUACUUUGUCCAAAACAGUGACUUUGGCUUUCUGACCACACUUAUCACCAAAUGUGGCCAGAAAUUACAACUAACCUGUGUUGCUGCAAACGGCAGUAAUAAAUCUCUCACUGUGCACAGACAUCAGCUGUUCACGCUCGACACUGAAGUGGCCAAAUAUUGUUUGGUGUCAUUUGCUUUGAAUUUAAUUAAGAAGGACGGGGAAUCAGAAUGAAGUUUUUGUGUUACUGCUGUAAUGUGCCUCGACUACAAUGGAGGACUGAGGCCAGUGAUGAGAAAAAUGUGAGAUUUUGAGAAUAAAGUAUUAAUAUUUUGAGAAAAAUAACACGUGAUUGUACUACGGUUGUAGUUUAAAUGCCAGUUUUA